GUGUUUGUGUGUGCGGGUAGAAAGAGGAGUUCGCCCAUCGCACCAUUUAUGUAGUCACCACUAAUGUUUUCUCCUGACCUGAAGAGGUAGCUGCGCCUUUAAGUCUUCACUCAGGGAAACAAAAAUACAAGCUCAACCUUUUGUUUCGUCAUAAAGACGCGACAGGCCUCUGAGUGCAAAUCUGGAAACAGGCGAGUCGUCGUGGAGGGCCGCAGUAUUUAAAGUAUCCUGAGAAUAAAAGAUGGGUUUUAUUGCCGCCUGAAGGGUCUGAUUGCCGGGUUUCUGUCGUCUCGCAGCUCCCACCGUCUCACCGCGUCGUUGUCUGUCUGCAGGCGGAUGUUGAAGAGCGGAGUGUCGCAUCUUCUGUUUUUUUCUCUGCAGCGUCUGGCUCGCAGCUCGGUAAACAAAUGUAACCGGAUCAAUUCAUGCUCUCACACAUUUCAACUACAGGGACCUGCGCAGUUUAAAGCCUUCAAGCAUCAGAACAGCGGAUAAAUCGCACCCAAUGACAUCCAGGAGGACAGGGUACGCAGCUAGCAUGGACACCUCUGCGUCCAGCGCGGGGAGCCGCAAGCAGAGCAUCAUCAACAUCGCCGACAGGAUGGAGCCCUGCUACGACCGCAAAGCGGACACCAAGGGCGGGUACGGAGCCUCUCAGGGCGGCGGCGUGACGGUAACCUCGCUGAAAUCCCGCCUGGCCCCGACGAUCCAGACCGCCAUGUCCGCCGCCGUGGACACGCUGCUGGGGGAGGUGGUGGUCGUGCUGAACGAGACCCAGCAGGAGCUGCUGCACAAGGAGCAGGAGAACCAGAGGCUCAAGGUGCGGCUGGAGGUCUCCGAGAGGGAGCUGAAGACCCUGCAGGAGUGUCUGUGCAGCGCCCAGAAGCUCAUAGACCAGCUGCAGGUCUCCUACACGGGCCCCCAGCAGAUCGGCCAGUCGGUGUUUGGCCCCUCACUCUCUUCCAUGGCUUCUCUGACCCCAGGCUUGGACCGGGACCACCAGAACCCCAGGAACGUGAACGGAGCAGGCGUGGAUCUGGGUCUGGGCGGCUCCGUGGAUGAAUCUCUUCAUGGCUUCGAGCCGAGAGAUGAAUACAAAAUGUGCCAGCUUUCGAUCCAGCCAGACGGCUCCGUGACGAACCACACUCUGGACUCGUUUUCCUCCAGCUCCUCUCACAUGUGCUCAGACACCAGAGGAGCGGAUGAACGGCAGCCUCCGGGUCCCAGUGGAGGACCCAGAUUUGAGAUCAAAGAGGAGCAGGGGCCACCGUCAGGUUCUGGUCAGCACAACAGGAAGGACAGCCAGGUUGGGGACGGAGACGGCUCGUCCCUUAAUGUGGGGGACAUUGCUUACGGUCAGGUUGGAGGUGAAGGAGGAACUCCGCGUUCUUUCUCCAACCCGCUACGUCACCAAAGACUCAUGCGUGAGUGUGGUGGUGCCUUGCAGCAGCAGCAGGGAAGUCUUGAUGGACAGAAACCUUUGUCAAGGACUUUUGGAGCAAGCAGAGGUGACACCGUCUCACCGGGCCGAGCCGAGGAGCCCGCGGGGCCGUCGGCCCCCGACACCUCCGGGGAGCCCUCGGCGGACCGGCCUCACCACUGCUUGGAGUGCGGCAAGACCUUCCGUCUGAUCUCCAGCCUGAAGAAGCACAUCCGCAUCCACACGGGCGAGAAGCCGUACCCGUGCGCGGUGUGCGGCCGCCGCUUCCGUGAGUCCGGGGCGCUCAAAACGCACCUGCGCAUUCACACCGGCGAGAAGCCCUACUCAUGCUCCGAAUGCGGCAACUGCUUCCGCCACCUGGACGGUCUGCGCAAGCACCGGCGCACGCACACGGGCGAGAAGCCCUACGUGUGCGCCAUCUGCGGGAAGCGCCUGAGUCGCCUGCAGCACCUCAAACACCACCAGCUCAUCCACACCGGGGAGAGGCCCUGCUGCUGCCCCUUCUGCAACCGCACCUUCAAGGAGCCCGCGGCGCUGCGCAAGCACGUCCGGACGCACCGCGACGAGGGCGGCCACAUGGGCAUCGCCCCCAGCGAGGAGACGGACCCGGACGCCAUGGACGACAUCAAUAACCUCCAUCCCGCAGCUCCCUCUCCGCAGAUGCGGUUCGGGGAGUGGGGGGCGGAGGAGGAGGACGGCUCGGUGGCAGACUGUGUUUAGGGAAGAGCAGAGAAGUGGUGACUUUAGAAAUACAAAUAAAGCAUGGCAGACAACACUAAUGCA